CUCUUGCGCUGUUCGAAGCCAUGGAAUCGGCACUGGCCAUGUUGGAGCACAAAACCACCAAACAGACAUCGCCGUCUUUAGCCGUAGACAGCCAUCAUACGGUCCCAUGAAGCAUCUCCGUCGUCAGCUGGAGAUUCGUUUUCCAGUUGUCAGGCUUCCCCGGAUAGAAUCAGCCGAGAGACUGAGACAUGGUAGAGACAUACGAGCUUGGCAUGACACUUGCAUCUCAGCCCCGCGAUCUCCCCAUUCCGUAUUGGAGCGACUUGUCAAAUGGGCGCAUGGGCGCACAGCACCGCUGGACUCGAGUAGCGGUCAGAUCGAGGGAAUACUCGGUACAGCCCUCCCCAAGUAACAACUGUAGCCGGUGGUUCAGCAAAUCGCGCCAUGUCUUACUCGAUAUUUUUGGAUAUUUCCGGACAGCCUUGAGGCUUGCUUGAACUUUGGUGUCUUAGACCCCACUGCUGUGGGUUGUUAGUCGAUAUGUUUCUGAUCCUUCGGCACAUGGCCUGGGUGACUGCGGAGUUGCGGGCGAGGGAUCUUGGAUACUGAGGAGAUGGCAGAGGGGAUACCGUGGCGAAGCCCGGAUGGGAUGAAAUAGUAUGCCCUGGAAAAAAGGUAUAAAGUCGAGCAGGACUCCUCUCCAAAUCGACUUCUCUCAUCAUCAACAACACACUCUCAAGCUUCAAACCAAGCCUUCUCUCCUCCUCCAAACUCCUCCAGACCAACUCUCAAGCCUCCGACUUAAAACCAACCAAACAACCACCAAAAUGAAGUUCACAAUCUCCACCGCCCUUCUCGCCCUCCUCGCCUCCUCCGUCUCCGCAGCCUCAAUUCCCCUCGAGGCCCGCGCAGGCUCCCGCACCGUCGUCCUGACAAACGAGUUCAGCGGCCGCGGCACCCCCGGCGUCAUCCCCACGACCGGCACCGACGUCUCCGUCAAGGGAACCUACCCGGCCGUCUACGUCCCCUCCUUCCGCGUCGACUCGGUCAUGAUCACCUCCGGUGUUGUGACUGGUGCCAAGUGUGUCAUCAAGGGCAAGACUCGCGCCGGGAAGCCCGUUCAGCUUGUCGAGGUUAAUGGCGAGCGCAACUAUGCGCGGUUCCCGAAGGAUGCCGAUUUCGUUCCCGAGACGCUGCAGAUCAACUGUGUUUAAGCUCCGUCACUCAUGGAACGCUUUUCGGCGCGAGGCGGCGUGGUCUGAGUCGACAUGAUAUGGUCCAGACUCGGUCAUAGGGCUCUUGGACCCCCUGCUCCUUGGGGGCUGAGCUUUGUGGUUUACUCACUCGUGCCGUGCCUUUUCUCACGGCUUCUCUUAUUUCCUACGCAUAUAUGUAAUGUCUAACCUACGCUCCUUGAUUGCUUAAUCGCUGUGGAGG